AUGAUUUAUGAGGAAUGUUUAGAUCUCUUUAAAAAUAAUUUAGAAAUCAAUAAAGCAUUCUUAGGUAGUAUAAAUGAAUCGAUGCCAUUAUUGGAUCAAAAGCAUCCUAAUUUUAUUGCAAAAUAUUCAUCAGAUACAAACAUGUUACUAGAUUCUCAUACUAAAAUCGACCUACUGGUUACAUCUCAUCUUUAUCCUUUUACCAAUAUUGGUAUUGUUAAUUUAACGCCAUCUAUUGACAAAUAUAGCUGGUGGGAAUUAAUUAAGCCUAAAUCUAGUCCAUUUGUAGAUACAAUAAAUAGAGAAAUAUACAAAACAUGGAAUGGUGAAGCAUUAAUUAAUUUCAAGUGGAAUAUAUAUGGAAAUAUAUCUAAAGACAUUAGAAAUCGACUUUUAAAAGCCACAAUUGUACUUGGAAUUAUUCACUUAAAUUUCGAACUUCGCCAGAUAUAUUAUGAUUCUAUUAAAUGGUUUAUAGAUCCCUGGAACUAUUUUGAUUUGGGAGCAGCAUUCGAAAUAUUUGGUGUUUAUUUUGUAAUUAUCGUUAGUGUUGCGAGGAAGAUAUCUUCCUUUUUGGUGAUUUUAUUCAUUUUACUUCUGAGUUUUGCUCAUGCCUUUUGGAUUCUGUUAAAACCAAGAAAAGAUUAUAGUUUAGAUGACCCUCCUGCAAACCAUGAUGAUCCUAAUAAUCCUUGGGAAUUAACUGAUAGAUAUAAUCAAGUACUACACAAUGGAACCAUAGUAUCAUUUGUUCAACAACCUGAUAAGAAUACGAAUAUGUUUACUAAUUACGGUACUUCACUUUUAUCAAUGUAUUUAUAUCUCACGGGCGAUUCAAAUGCUUUACCCAACUGGGAAUAUAGAGAUAAUUCACAACUUACUAUAUUAAUGGUUUUAUUCUCUUUAUUAAUUGCUGUGUACCUUAUGAAUUUGUUGGUUGGAUUACUCAGUAACGCUAUUGAAGAUAAUAAUAGAGCUUCGUAUUUUAUGCAAAAGGCGAAGAAAUUGGCAGAAAUCGAAUUAUUUUACUUAUUACCUAAUCAGAGACGCUGGAAAACCUGGUUUCCUGACGUUAUAUACUAUCACGCCAAUUUUGAAGAGACAUGUAGAGAAGUUCAAAAAGAUGAUUAUAAUGGAUCUAAAAUUGAGAAAUUGUCAGAAUUGAGGAAAGAAUUACGAGAAAAACAUAGAUGGUGA